CCCCCUCUUGCCCAUCCCCUGUGCUGUGCUGUGAACUGCGGCCGGGGGCAUCCUUGUUGGGGGGUGGCGUAGGAGGCUGCUGACACUACUGCAGAGCAGGGCAGCCAUGAGGCUUCCUCUCCCUCUGCUGGCCCUGGUGUGCUGCGCCCUGAUGGCGCGCCAGCAUUGCGCUGCGGCGGGCAAGGCCCGGCACUUGAGGUGGGAGAUCAGCAACAUGUUCUGGUCUCCCGACUGCGAGGAGAAGGUGGUGAUCGGCAUCAACGGGCAGUUCCCGGGCCCGACGAUCCGCGCCCGGGCCGGCGACACCGUCCACGUCCAGCUCAGGAACGCGCUCCACACCGAGGGCGUCGUCAUCCACUGGCACGGCAUCCGACAGAUCGGGACGCCGUGGGCGGACGGCACGGCGGCGAUCUCCCAGUGCGCCAUCAACCCCGAGGAAACCUUCACCUACCGCUUCGUCGUCGACAAGCCGGGGACGUACUUCUACCACGGGCACUACGGGAUGCAGAGGGCGGCGGGGCUGUACGGGUCGCUGGUCGUGGACGUGGCGGAGGGGGAGGAGGAGCCGUUCCAGUACGACGGCGAGCUCAACCUGCUGCUCAGCGACUGGUACCACGAGAGCAUCCACACCCAGAUGGUCGCCCUCUCGUCCAGGCCCUUCAGGUGGAUCGGCGAGCCACAGUCUCUGCUGAUCAACGGGAGAGGCCAGUUCAACUGCUCGCUGGCCGCAGCGCACACGCAGGGGGCCACCAACACGCAGUGCGCCGCCACCGCCGCCAACACGCAGUGCGCGCCGGUGGUACUCCCCGUGCAGCCUAACAAGACCUACAGGCUCAGGGUGGCCAGCACCACCUCGCUCGCUUCUCUCAACCUCGCGAUCGGGAAUCACAAGCUGACGGUGGUGGAGGCCGACGGCAACUACGUGGACCCAUUCGUUGUGGACGACAUCGACCUCUACUCCGGCGACAGCUACUCUGUCCUGCUCACGACGGACCAGGACACGUCCUCGAACUACUGGGUCAGCGUGGGCGUGCGCGGCCGGCUGCCCAAGACGGCGCCGGCGCUGGCAGUGCUCAACUACCGCCCCAACCGCGCGUCGGACCUGCCAGCCCUCGCGCCGCCGGUCACCCCGGCGUGGGACGACUACGGCCACAGCAAGGCGUUCACGUACAGGAUCCGCGCGCGCGCCGGGACGCCCCCGCCGCCGCCGACGGCGGCCCGCCGCAUCGAGCUGCUCAACACGCAGAACCGGAUGGACGGGCGCAUCAGGUGGUCCAUCAACAACGUGUCCAUGGUUCUGCCCGCCACGCCGUACCUGGGCUCCCUGAAGAUGGGGCUCAAGUCGACGCUGGCGGCGGCGCGCCCCGCGGAGACGUUCAGCCGGGAAUACGACGUGACGCUGCCGCCGCCGAACCCCAACACGACGGCGGGGGACAACGUGUACGUCCUGGCGCACAACACCACCGUCGACGUGCUGCUCCAGAACGCCAACGCGCUGUCGCGCAACGUCAGCGAGGUGCACCCGUGGCACCUCCACGGCCACGACUUCUGGGUGCUGGGCUACGGCGACGGCGCGUACCGCGGGGACGCCGCCGACGAAGCGCGGCUCAACCUCCGGGACCCGCCGCUGCGGAACACGGCGGUCAUCUUUCCGUACGGGUGGACGAUGCUCCGGUUCGUGGCGGACAACCCGGGCGUGUGGGCCUUCCACUGCCAUAUCGAGCCGCACCUCCACAUGGGCAUGGGCGUCAUCUUCGCUGAGGCUGUCGACCUCGUCGCCAAGGUGCCCAACGAGGCUGUAUCCUGUGGCGCCACGGCCACCGCGCUCAUGGCCGGCGGUCACCUGUGAUUGCCAUCAAAUAUUGGUGGCCAGGCUAGGGAACCGCGCGCCUUGCCUCGCGCGCAUGCAUAUUAAUGCCCUUCUGUCGUACGAGAUCUCUGGUCAUUAAUUAGUGUUAUUUAUUAAUAUUUCUUCUAUCUUUUUUUCCGUUUAUUGAGACGUGAACCUAGAGUGUUUGUGCUUGGCUAACCAUCCCAUCUUAGAUAGGUUGUUGCAUCGUAAGCCAAUUCCUUAAAUUAAUGAAAAUGCCUUUUUCUCAGGUGUUGGU